CGGACUCGUCUUCCCCAAACCCUCGUCUAUAUAUAUAUACACACUCUCUGUCUAGCCUUUACCAAAACCUCUCUCGCUCUCACACCGUUACGAUCGUCUUUGCAGGAGAGAUAGCUAUCGAGCAAUAAUGUUGGUCUACCAAGACUUGCUCACUGGUGAUGAGCUUCUCUCGGAUUCAUUUCCGUACAAGGAAAUCCAUAAUGGGGUACUCUGGGAAGUUGAGGGAAAGUGGGUUGCUCAAGGAGCAGUUGAUGUAGAUAUUGGUGCAAACCCUUCUGCUGAAGGUGCUGAUGAAGAUGAGGGUGUAGAUGACCAAGUUGUCAAGGUGGUUGAUAUUGUUGACACAUUUAGGCUCCAGGAACAACCUGCUUUUGACAAGAAGCAGUUUGUUGCAUACAUCAAGAAGUAUAUCAAGGCAUUGACACCCAAGCUGGAUGGGGAGCAGCAAGAGCAAUUUAAGAAGAACAUUGAGGGGGCAACCAAGUUCUUGCUCUCAAAGCUCAGCGACCUCCAAUUUUUUGUUGGGGAGAGCAUGCAUGAUGACAGCACAUUGGUGUUCGCUUACUACAAAGAUGGUGCCACUGACCCAACAUUUUUGUACUUUGCGCAUGGCUUGAAGGAGGUCAAGUGUUAAAAUGAUAGCUGGGCUUCAGAGUGGUGCUUGUUGUAAUUUUAGCUCUUAUUAUUGCAUUUAUAUUUGACUUUGUGAUUGUGCAACUCCGUAGUUCUGCCUAUUUUUGGAUGUUGAUUUUGGAUUAAUAUUUAAUUCAAGAGCUGUUCUAUUUAAUUUAAUUUCUUGGUUGAGUGGAGAAAUGAACUCAUUAUAUAUGUCAUAUUUAUUCUUUUUGUGA